GCUCAAGAAAUUUAUUCGUAGUCAGAGAAAAUAUCCAUGGAUCGACAUCCCUCGCCAUAUGCCAGAUGCGUUCUCUGAGAAGACUAGCCUUGCUUGCAGCUUUGAGCCAUUGUGGCUUCUGCGAUGAUGCUGACGUGACUGGAAGCCCACCUUUGGUGCGCAGAGAGGUGGCAAGGUCCGAUCGAGCCGACAGGACCUCCGCUGCUUUUGCGGAGGCGGGCACGGCUUCGGGCCAGGAGACUGCAGGGAUCUAUGGCGAAGCCAUGGACGAAGGCCUCUCGCGGUUCUUGGUGUCGAGCCAAGACUUGAGCGAGCAGAACUUGCAGAAGCUGGAGAUCCCGGUGGCCUUUGACAAUGGAUCCAAGAGCCUGGAACUGGGUCCUCGCGCCUCCACGCCCGAGCCAUUGCCGGACACGGCGGAGGGCCGGCUGAAGGCGGAGAUCACGGGCUUGGAAGAGCGGCUCUCCAACGUGAUGGAGGUUGCCAAGGUGGCUGAAGCAGCCGCCACCAAGGCGUCGGCACUGGUGGCUGCCCAGGAUUCCCAGCUGCACGCAGCGGACGAAAAGAUCCGUGAGCUGGAAGAAAAGGCGACCGAGAAUGAGAAGUAUCAGAAGGA